CCAGUGGUACGCGCAUUGGGAUCGAGGCUCCAGCCACCGAGUUAGACAGGACGGUGCAGUGUACUUCAUGACUGAUAUCAUCCCCAUUCCAACGCGGCCCUCCUUGCUUCGAAUUGCUCUUCAGUAUUCGGUUGUCGCUCUCCAACGGUCGCUAUGACGGCCUCUCUUCCCUAUUCCCGGACGCUGUCGAAGCAGCUCAUUGCCAGGACAGCAAGGUCAUUCACGCGACCCUCGGCGACCCCCCUACUACGCGUUACUUGCGACUGCACACCCAAUAGUGCACGAUCAACUCGUGCUCAUGGAUUCUUGGGCCAUCUAUCUACUGUUAAAUCCGCUAGGAGCUAUGCCACAUCCACCGACAAGCCUGCAAGCAGGCCCAAAGCUCAUACAGGACGCGCACCGGCAAAGCGCAGCCCCACGCCGAAGGAAGCCAAACCUGCAAAGAAGACAACGACCAAGAGGAAGAAGAAGUCCUCUGCUGCAAAGCCCAAACCGAAGGGCAGGAAACGACUGAGCAAGACGGCAGUGCUCCAGAAACAGCGACAGGAACAGAAAGACCUGCGCGCAACCGCAUUGCUUGACCAACCCAAGCAACUGCCUCAAACCGCCUAUACAUUGGUGGUUGUUGAGGAAGCCAAAAAGGGAGGAGAUGUCAAGAGUAACGCGGCAUCAGCGUCUGCGCGAUACAGAAGUUUGUCUCCGGAGGAGCGCGAGGAAUACAACCAUCAAGCAAACUUGAACAAAGAGAAGAACGAGCAAGCGUACAAAAGAUGGGUGCAGGGGUUCACUCCACUUCAGAUCAAGCAGGCCAACAAUGCCCGCCGACAGCUUGCUAAGAAAGCCAAGGAGGCAGGGAAGAAGACCAAGUUCCAGCGUCUCAAGGAUGACCGGACCGUUAAAGCCCCGCGGAACGCCUACUCUUUCUUCUUCACGGAGCGGCAUAGAUCAGGCGAUCUGAAAGGUCUUUCUGUCGGCGAAUCAGGCAAGCUGAUCGGGAGAGAGUGGAAGAACUUGUCGCCUGCCGAGAAGAAGCCCUACGAGGACAAGGCCGCAGCCGACAAAGCCCGCUAUGAGGAGGAAUACAAGACUGUGUACGGCGUGGAUCCUCCGCAUUUAAGGCGAGGCUCGGGCUCGAGCUCGACCUGAUCGCCAGCAUUUCCUGCUACUGCAAUGCAAUACCUCAACCAAUAACAUGACAUAAGCUUUAACCAGCUCUAGCCAUCCACCAAUCUGUGCCAACGGCAUGCCGUCCGUCCUGAUCUGGUGUUGGUUCCGCGCUGUUACUUUAUGCUCAACUUUGGCAGCAAAUGUGUCUGGCAAGGAACACUGAAAUUGCUCCUUUGAAUCAUAUAUCGAGGUGAAACUCUCGAAUGCGUCGUGGCAUCCAUCUGUUUAGCUUUGUAUCAAUCACCGGGGAGAUCACGGAGGAGGCGCUGACCGAUAGUUCUACAUGUUGGGUGGUACGGGACAUGGUGAGAGGAGCUUUCCGGGUGAACCUAUGGUCAUGCUUUUCAGGAAAAGGGUGGGCUGUAUGAGUGGGCUCUGUUUCUCCUUAUGGUCGAGUUCACUCUUGGAAUGGUACUGAUACCUUAUUCAGUCACAUAAAUAUGUCUGCUGUUGUACAUGCUUAUCACUUUGCUGGUCUCGAUCCCCGCUAGAGUGUACAGAUUUAAGACCUCUCAUCGCAGAUAACCAGUCUUCCUAUCAUAGAUAUGCAAUCUGUUAUCACACA